GCUGUUGUCACUCAUUACCAUUUUGAUCAUGUUGGAGGUAAAGGUCCCUUGUUUUGGCGCAUGAAAGAAAUGAUCCCAAUAUUAAAUUAAUGACCCCAACGUGGUGUUUAGGAUCGCCCCCGCCUCCAUAUGAUAAUAUACCCAUCAAAGUGUCUGGUCUCGCCACUUUACUGAAACGUCUCCCCCAUAUUAAAGCAUACGUUCAUCCUCUGGACAUUCCAUAUAUAGCGCAAGCGAACCCGUCAAUCCCAGCCAACCGACUGGUACCUACCUUUACUGAAGUGACUGAAACCAUGAACAUUGGCAAACGUACCAAGGUUCGUUUCAUCCACACACCGGGCCAUUCACCUGGGUCCCAGGCCCUUCUGAUUAAUCGCUCCAGGUUGGUGGUGGGAGAUACGCUGUUAUGUGGUCUUUGUGGGCGUACGGACCUACCCGGUGGCGACCGCCGAAUGAUGGAGAAAACAUUGCGACAUACGCUGGGUUCCUUGGAUGAUCGAGUGGUGGUGUACCCUGGCCAUGACUAUGGCUACGAAUGGUCUACCAUUGGCAUUGAGCGAGAAAAGGGCUGUCUAGGAGAAGAUCUGGUUGGCUUCGAUGCACGCCCAACCGAUAUAGAAAAGGGAGCAAAGCCAGAUGUUCAGAAGCGGCGGUCAAUGCUGUCCACUCUAGGAGCCAACCUGAAGAAUAAAGAUAAAGGACAUUGGUUCUUUAACGGAUAAGACAGACGGAGAGACAGUAGUAGCCAGAGGACACAGCUAUAGAUUAUAACGUUGGCUACCCCGCAAUUCAAUUCGCUUCGCUUCGCUUCU